AGGAAGGCUGCGGAGGACUGGGCAGCGGAAGUUUGACGGAGCCGGUGGAGCAGCUCCGGUAACUGGAGUCCCUGCAGAUCCUCCCCCAGUACCCGCAGCGGAGCCAGAGGCCAGGCGAUCCUGGGAGUGAGAUCCCGGACAGGAGGAGGACCUCCUUUGACACACAAACAUGGAUCUGGAGGCCAAAGUGAAGAAGUCUGUUUCAGCUGCGCCUGUGCCUACCUAAAAAAAAAAGGAUGAGGGCAGGGCAAGUUCGGGCGAGAUCAUGACACUUCUUCCUGUCUCAGGAAGUUCAACUUUAUUAAGCCUUUGUGGUUUAGGAGCACUGAUGUGACUUUGACAGUUCAGACCUCCUUCCCUCCCAUCUUGGCGGAGCGUGUCUCUCAAAAAUGGGCUUAGGUCAUGAGCAAGGAUUUGGAGCUCCCUGUUUAAAAUGCAAAGAAAAAUGUGAAGGAUUCGAACUACACUUCUGGAGAAAAAUAUGUCGUAACUGCAAGUGUGGCCAGGAAGAGCAUGACGUCCUCUUGAGCAAUGAAGAGGAUCGAAAAGUGGGAAAACUUUUUGAAGACACCAAAUAUACCACCCUGAUUGCCAAGCUAAAAACAGAUGGAAUUCCCAUGUAUAAACGCAAUGUUAUGAUACUGACCAAUCCAGUUGCUGCCAAGAAGAAUGUCUCCAUCAAUACAGUUACCUACGAGUGGGCUCCUCCUGUCCAGAAUCAGGCAUUGGCCAGGCAAUACAUGCAGAUGCUGCCGAAGGAGAAGCAGCCCGUGGCAGGCUCAGAGGGGGCACAGUACCGAAAGAAGCAGCUGGCAAAGCAGCUCCCUGCACACGAUCAAGACCCUUCAAAGUGCCAUGAGUUGUCUCCCAAAGAGGUGAAGGAGAUGGAACAGUUUGUGAAGAAAUAUAAGAGUGAGGCUCUGGGAGUAGGAGAUGUCAAACUUCCCCGUGAGAUGGACACGCAGGGCCCCAACAGAAUGCUCCUCCCUGGAGGGGACAGAAGCACCACGGCAGCAGUGGGGGCCAUGGAGGGCAAAUCGGCCGAACACAAAAGAACUCAGUAUUCCUGCUACUGCUGCAAACUGAGUAUGAAGGAGGGUGACCCAGCCAUCUACGCUGAAAGAGCCGGCUAUGAUAAACUGUGGCACCCGGCUUGUUUCGUCUGCAGUGCCUGCCAGGAACUCCUGGUCGACAUGAUUUAUUUCUGGAAGAAUGGGAAGCUAUACUGUGGCAGACAUUACUGUGACAGUGAGAAACCACGAUGUGCUGGCUGUGAUGAGUUAAUAUUCAGCAAUGAGUACACCCAGGCAGAAAACCAAAAUUGGCAUUUGAAACACUUCUGCUGCUUUGACUGUGACAACAUCCUAGCUGGGGAAAUAUACGUGAUGGUCAAUGACAAGCCCGUGUGUAAGCCCUGCUAUGUGAAGAAUCAUGCUGUGGUUUGUCAAGGAUGCCACAAUGCCAUUGAUCCUGAAGUGCAGCGAGUGACCUAUAACAACUUCAGCUGGCAUGCGUCCACAGAGUGCUUUUUGUGUUCCUGCUGCAGCAAGUGUCUCAUUGGGCAGAAGUUCAUGCCAGUAGAAGGGAUGGUUUUCUGUUCAGUGGAGUGUAAGAAGAUGAUGUCUUAAGAGGAAAGCACCAAGCAAUAGUGAGCCAUAGCUAUCCUAAGUGGUCUGCAUUUCUGCUGUAAAAUGCAAUUUGGAAAAAAUAAACGGGAAAAAAAGGAACUGUAAAGGAAACCAGGAGAUUUUGUUCAGUAUCUUUCUUUGCUGUUUUUCCUUAUCAUAUUUUUCAUCUCAAUUUUUAAAACCUGCUUAAGCAUUUGAUUUUUAAAACAGUAAAGAACUGUUAUCUUUGCUUAGCUUUCCAUAUGUAAAAUCUUGGAGGUGGAAGCUUGAGAUUUAAUUAAUCUUCAUGUGCCUAUCCCUCUUGUGCCAAACACAGUAUAUAUGAACAUUUAAAAAUUAGUGUUGUUGAAUGGAAAGAUGUGCAUUUUCUAGUUCUGUAUUCUUUUCCCCCCUCCUGUGUAAAAUGAAAGGAAAUUAAACUUGCCCUAAUGCCAAGGCUUUA